AUGAAGUUCACCACGUCCACUUUCCUCACCACCGCCGCUCUCGUGACAGCACGAGUAUGUGCAACUUCUCCUUCUCCAGACACUGUCUACCAGAUCCGUCUCUCCAGCAGUAACAGCGCCAUCAACGAUGCCGUCGUCACUGUGAAAACUGAAUCGCCUGUCAACACCUCCCCGAACGCCCUAGGCAUCUUUUCGACUGGCGAGCCUCGCAACCCCUACACUUUCAAGUUCCUUAGCUCGUCUCUAGGCAAAUUUCUCUACGAGCUCCAAGGCACUAUCCGCCAGACUCACCUCGUCCUCACCGGUAAGGAAAUCGCUCUUGGUCUCUACGAUAACCCCAUUGGCGCAGAUCCUAAGCCCGCUGAGGAUGAGAUGACUGUAGCAGACAAAUGGUGGAUUCUGGAGAAGGAAGGGAAGAUGACGCUCAUGGUAGCUGCAAGAUAUACGAGAGAUAAUAGCAGUCUCAACCGCCUCGAAGACUACGUGAAAGGUUGUGAAGGUGGUAUCACCCUGUACGUCGAAGAGGCGAAGUCAUCACCUACAGCCAGCGGGUAUCUCACUGGCGUAACUGCUCCCGCGGCGACUCCUACGGGGUACACAACUGGCGUGUCGGCACCAAACUUAACUGCCGCUGGUGGUGCAAAGCCGACUUCGCCCACUUACGAAGCCUCUGCGGCUAGAGUGGCGUUUGGUACAUUGGUGGGACUGGUUGGAUUUGCUUUGGCCGAUGUCUUGUAA